CCCCUCUUCACGCCAGGGGUGCCUCCUCCCCGCCGCCCACUGUCCCACCAUGGCCGGGGACCAGCUCCCCAGGAAGGUGAUGGACGCCAGGAAGCUGGCCAGCCUGCUGCGGAGUGGGCCUGGGGGGCCGCUGGUCAUCGACAGCCGCUCCUUCGUGGAGUACAACAGCUGGCACGUGCUCAGCUCCGUGAAUAUCUGCUGCUCCAAGCUGGUGAAGCGGCGGCUGCAGCAGGGCAAAGUCACCAUCACGGAGCUUAUCCAGCCAGCCGUGCGCAGCCAGGUGGAGGCUACAGAGCCCCAGGACGUGGUGGUAUAUGACCAGAGCACGCGGGAUGCCAGCGUGCUGGCCGCAGACAGCUUCCUCUCCAUCCUGCUCAGCAAGCUGGACGGCUGCUUCGACAGCGUGGCCAUUCUCACAGGGGGCUUCGCCACCUUCUCCUCCUGCUUCCCCGGCCUCUGCGAGGGCAAGCCCACCGCCCUGCUGCCCGUGAGCCUCUCCCAGCCCUGCCUGCCCGUGCCCAGCGUGGGCCUGACCCGCAUUCUGCCACACCUCUACCUGGGCUCCCAGAAGGACGUCCUGAACAAG